GAUUCCCGUUGUGAGCUUGAGAGGCAGGGGCUCCUUGAGAUCCUGGAUCAUAUCUGACCGAGCAGCAACACGACAGAAGUGGAGAGAAGGGCUUUGACGAGACACCGAGCACGGAGCGCACAGGACCGCGUUUCUUGGCUCGCUUUUCUCUCCGGAUCGAAGCUUUUAAUGUGUCCCUGGAAAUACCAGAAGGAUCCAGUGUUCAUCGGAGGGUGAAACAAAACGGUGUUUGAUGCAAAAACCGAGGACAAAGGGAGGACGACUACUAGGCUUAACUAAAAUUGGUUUAAGUACUACUUUUUGGGGGGGAAAGGGAAGAAUUUGAUCGGAAGUGAUCCGACUCAACAGAUUGCAUAGUUUGGGGAAUGUGCAUUUAAUGAAGUGAUCAGGCGGCAGGAGGGCGCUGGAGUUUACUUGGAGGUGAAAGUGAGUGAAUCUUGUCCGGCCGGAGGACGAUUGGGACUCAAAACGCAGCAGAGAAGCGGGAUCGAUGCCGAGCAUGGGGGAACAGCCGCUGUUCAGCGCCAAGGCCCACGUGUUCCAGAUUGACCCGGCCACCAAACGCAACUGGCUGCCUGCCAGCAAGCACGCCGUCAGCGUGUCCUUCUUCUACGACGCUAACCGCAAUGCCUACCGCAUCAUCAGUGUUGGCGGGACAAAGGCCAUCAUCAACAGCACCAUCACUCCCAACAUGACCUUCACGAAGACCUCCCACAAGUUUGGCCAGUGGGCCGACAGCCGGGCAAACACAGUCUAUGGUCUGGGCUUCUCUACAGAGCAACAGCUGCAGCAGUUCUCAGAUCAGUUCAAGGAAGUGCGGGAGGCGGCCCGGCUGGCCAGGGAGAAGUCUCAGGAGAGGUUUGAACUGACCAACCCUGCGCUCAACAUCGCCGCCCCACAGUUGUCCCAGGAGCUGUCUGAGGACCGCCACUCUCCCCCACCCCUGCUGACGGUGAAUGGGCCGUGCGAGGACAAGCUGAUCCGCAGUCGGAGCGCCGAGGUGGAGCUGACCACGGAGAAGGAGAGCAUCAAGAAGAUGCUCUCUGAAGGGUCAGUGAGCUGUGAGCUCCACAUGGAGGCGGAGCUGUUCACGCUGCAGGACAGCAACGCCAAGCUGGUGUCUGCUCUUCAGGAGGCUGAGAGCAGCGGGCAGAUGUGGAAGAAGCAGCUGGCAGAGUACCAGGAGGAGACCGACCGCCUCCGAGAACAGGUAGCUGAGCUGGAGGCCCAGAGCGUUGCGUCUGCCGGUUCGGAUCCAGAAUUGAGUCAGUCUGUAGAGACCCUGGAGGACUUGCUGAGAACCAAGGACCAGGAAAUCCAGAGUCUACAGAGCAAGAAGACGGAUGCCAGCGAUCUAGAGCAGGAGAAAGAGGAAGCUAUGCAGAGAUUACAGGAGCUGGAGCAGCAGAACGCAGUGCUGGAGGAGCGGGUCAAGAGCGCAGAGACGGACCUGGCGGCGAGCCAGGAGGAGAGGCAGCAGACGGAGGGGGAGGUCCAGCAGGCCAUACAAGUUCUGGACCUCAAGAUCUUAGACCUGAACAGCCUCAGGCAGAGCCUGUCCAAGCUCAUCGACAAAUAGCGCCCCCCACAGUCGGAGUUCUGCCCUCACAACCAGGAAGCAGGAGUGUCGCUCGGGAUUUAAGUGUUCAAGUGUUCGUUAUGUUUGAGUAGAGUGGAGGGGGGUG